AUGGGUUCUUCUUCUCAAAAGUGGGUUGUAGGGUUACUUCUUGUCUUGAGCAUUUUCUUGGAAUUGAGUGCCAUUACUUUUGGUGAUGAUAAGCUUGAAGAGUCGAGGUGGGGUAAUGAUAAUGGUUGUGGACGAUUUGGUAGAAGGGGAUGUGGUGGACGUGGAGGAUGGGGUGGACGCGGUCCAGGUGGUGGUAGAGGUACCGGAGGAGGGUUUGGAGGCGGAGCUGGUGGAGGAGGAGGAGUAGGUGGUGGAGGAGGAGGAGGAGGUCUCGGGGGAGGUGCAGGAGGUGGAGGUGGAGGAGGUCUUGGGGGAGGAGCAGGUGGUGGAGGAGGACUAGGGGGAGGAGCAGGUGGUGGUGCUGGAGGAGGUGUUGGUGGAGGUGGUGGAUUUGGUGGUGGUGGAGGAGGAGGUGUAGGUGGAGGGUCAGGUCAUGGUGGUGGAUUUGGAGCAGGCGGAGGUGUAGGAGGUGGUGCAGGAGGAGGGCUUGGUGGUGGAGCUGGUGGAGGUGGAGGUAGUGGUGGUGGUGGAGGUAUUGGAGGUGGUUCUGGACAUGGUGGAGGGUUUGGAGCCGGAGGUGGUGUAGGUGGUGGCGUUGGAGGAGGUGCUGGAGGCGGAGGUGGAGGAGGAGGGGGUGGUGGUGGAGGAGGUGGUGGUGGUCUUGGAGGAGGUUCAGGCCAUGGUGGUGGAUUUGGUGCAGGUGGUGGAGUUGGAGGCGGAGCUGGUGGAGGAGUAGGAGGAGGAGGCGGAUUUGGAGGUGGUGGUGGAGGUGGAGUAGGAGGAGGAUCAGGUCACGGUGGUGGUUUUGGUGCAGGUGGAGGCGUAGGUGGUGGGGCCGGGGGAGGAUUAGGAGGAGGAAAAGGAAUAGGAGGUGGACAUGGUGGAGGAAUCGGUGUUGGAAUUGGAAUUGGUAUCGGAGUUGGGGUUGGCGCUGGAGCUGGCAAAGGUGUUGGAGUAGGGAGUGGGUCUGGUAGCGGUGGUGGUGGUAAUGGCCGAUGA